UUCGUCUCCUCUGCCUCAUAGUUUUCCUCUCCAAUUUCAGUUCCCUCUUGCCAAUGACGGCCACUGAAUCAGCAGGGAGCGACCUGCACACCUACAUUGUCCACCUAACCCCCUUGGACGGCCAGGACUCUCCUGAAUCGGAAGAUCUCGAGUCCUGGUACCUGUCGUUCCUGCCAGCAAACACCACUGCCUCCGAGAAACAGCACCGAGUGCUUUACUGUUUCAGAAAUGUGAUGACCGGUUUCGCUGCUAGGCUGACUGCGGAUGAAGUCACUGCGAUGCAGGACAAGCCGGGAUUCCUGGUGGCUCACCCAGCACAAAUCUAUCGCCUCCAAACAACGCGCAGCCCUCAGUUCUUGGGCUUACCUCUGCGUCAAGGAUCUUUCAAGCGUCCAACUACGGGAAAGGGUGUUAUUAUUGGCGUGAUGGAUACGGGAGUAGCUCCUGACCACCCUUCAUUCCGGGACACUGGAAUGCCACCUCCGCUGGCCAAAUGGAAGGGGAGGUGCGAUUUUGAGCCUUCCCAAUGUAGUAACAAAUUGAUUGGGGCCAGGACCUUCAACAGCUCAGCUAAGAAAAUUGUGACCACGCCACCUGUUGAUGAAGUUGGCCAUGGCACUCACACGGCGAGCACUGCAGCCGGUGCUUCUGUGGAGCAAGCCAACACGCUUGGGAUGGCACAAGGAGCAGCUGUAGGCAUGGCUCCAUAUGCUCACAUUGCAAUCUACAAAGUGUGCUUUACAGAUUUUUGUGAUUUGGCUGACAUACUGGCUGGACUUGAUGCUGCCGUCGCAGGCGGUGUGGACGUGAUCUCCAUGUCGCUUGGCGGUCCCUCCUAUCCAUUCUAUAUGGACGGCAUCGCUGUAGCUGCCUUUGCGGCCACACGAAAAGGGAUCUUUGUCAGCUGCUCUGCCGGGAAUUCAGGCCCUGACUCGGGUUCAUUAUCCAACGUGGCUCCAUGGAUGCUCACUGUCGGAGCAAGCAGCAUUGAUAGGAACCUUGUCUCCAAUGUAAAACUCUGGGACGGAGAAGAAUAUGAAGGUGAGACGGUAUAUCAACCCUCCUUCCCUUCAACUUUGUUGCCUCUGGUGUAUCCUGGGAUUGACGGCACAGGACAGUCCAGAUAUUGUGUUACGGGAGCAUUGAGAAGCAGACAAGUGAAAGGGAAGGUUGUCUUGUGUGAACUAAGAGGCGACCAAUUUGAACAAGCCAUUGAGGUGAAAAGGGCAAGGGGGGCCGCUAUGAUUUUGAUGAACCCAAAAUCUUAUGGAUUCACUACCUUGGCCGAUGUUUAUGUCCUUCCCGCGUCGCAUGUCAGCUACUUCGCAGGUGAGAAGAUCAAAGCCUAUAUCAAUUCGACAAAAACUCCUAGUGCUACCAUCGUUUUCAAAGGAAGCAUGUAUGGAAACCCGACUGCUCCCACGCUUGCGGCCUUCUCUUUGAGAGGCCCAAGCUGGGUUAGCCCGGGAAUUUUGAAGCCGGACAUUAUUGGUCCUGGUUUGAAUAUAUUAGCAGCAUGGCCCUUUCCUGUCAGAAAUGAUACCGAAGCCAAGUAUUACUUCAACAUCCUUGCCGGCACUUCCAUGUCUUGCCCUCACCUCAGCGGCAUUGCGGCUUUGAUAAAGAGAGUUCAUCUGGACUGGUCUCCUGCAGCCAUCAAAUCUGCCAUCAUGACUUCGGCUAAACAGCUGAACAUCGCGCAAAACCCGAUCCUUGACGAAAGGCUGCUACCUGCGGAUGUUUUCGCCAUUGGCGCAGGCCAUGUGGAUCCUGAGAGGGCGGUUGAUCCUGGUUUGGUAUACGAUAUUCAGCCUGACAAUUACCUUCCUUAUCUGUGUGGUCUCGGAUACACGGACAAGGAGGUGGCUGUAAUUGCUGGGAAAAGAGUAAACUGCUCUUCUCGCAUUCCUGAGGGAGAGCUGAACUACCCCUCAUUUUCAGUCACCCUUGGACCUGCACAGACAUUUUCCAGGACUGUGACUAAUGUUGGCAUCGACCACUCGUCUUAUGUCGUCACCGUUGUUGCCCAUAAAGGUGUCCAGGUCAGCGUGAAGCCCGCCACACUCAAAUUUACGAAUUUACACCAGAAAGCUACGUACUCUGUCGCCUUCAGCCGAGCUGAUUACACUGACACGGCUGCCAAUUUCUCCCAAGGAUAUUUGAGGUGGGACUCCUUGAACCACACUGUGAGGAGUCCAAUUUCAGUUAAGCUCAACUAAGAAUGUCUGGAGAGCAUAAAUAAAUAAAUCUAUUUGGAUUGUA